AUGCAUAAAUUCCGUUUUGAUUGUCGUGACUGUUUGGCACGUAUCCUAAGUAAAACACACGCUCUACAAGACGAAUUGGGAAAAGAUACAUGUUCUGCAUUUAAAAAUAAUCAGGCAUUCCUCAAAGACAUAGAAGCAAUCGGUGCCUAUGUCCAACAGAUCGAAGGAGAUGCUCGCCGUCUUUAUGAUGCUUAUGCAGGUCAAAGAUCAACAGAAAUAGCUGAGAAGGAAUAUGAAAUAUUAAAAGCUUGGCAUCGUCUAAAUUAUACAAGUGAUUUAUUCCGAUUUUUGAAUAUGGUUGGAGAUUUACUUCUUUGGAUUGAGGAGGUUAAGAGAGAGAUGCUUUCACAUGAGAGGCCUAACGAUGUUUCAGGUGUUGGAUUUUUGACGAAUAAACACCAAUCAUUGAAAACAGAAAUUGACACACGUGAAGAAAGUUUUCGUGAAUGUAAGGCUUUAGGUCGUCAAUUACUCGAACGUAAUCACUACGCAUCUGCUGAAAUUGAGAAAAAGUUGGUUAAGUUGACAAUGGACAGAGCUGAUAUGAUGCAUCGUUGGGAAGAUCGUCGAGAGUAUUUGAGACAAAUUCUCGAGGUUUACCAAUUUGCAAGAGAAGCAGCAGUUUCCGAAGCUUGGUUAUUUGCCCAAGAACCUUAUUUAUUAUCUCGUAAUUAUGGCCGUAAUUUAGAAGAAGUUGUAGCUUUAAUUAAAAAAUAUGAAGCUUUUGAAAAGAGUGCACAAGAAGAGAGAUUUAUGGCUUUAGGGAAGUUGACGAACUUUGAAUUAAAAGAAAUGCGAACAAAAGAAGAACGUUGUCGUCGUGCAGGUGUUACACGACCAAACCCACGUCCAGGAGAAACUGUUUUCCCUGCAUCGCCAACCGGGACAACUUCACGUUCUCAUAAAGAAUGUCAAACAGAAGAGGAACGUCGUCAGUGUGGCAGUGGUUUAUUCCAGUUUGAGAACAAGGAAAAUGUUCAUAAAAAGCGGAAUAGAGGCAAAUUUUACUGUGGCCAUGAGAGAAAAAAGAAACGUAAAGAAAAAUUGAUGGCUAAUUUAUAA